AAAAAAAAUUAUAUACCAACCUCACAAAAUUCUGAAUGUAAAUAAUAGUCUAAAUAAUUUUAUAAUUUUUUAUUUGAAUUAGUAAAACUAGUUAAUUAUCUACGUUCAAUAAUCAUUAUUUUAGUUUUUUACGAUUAUAAUAUUUGUUCAUGUACCAAAUUAGUUAACAGGCUUCAAACACUUUAAGAACACAACAUAAUUUAACAGUGUCCAUAUUCUAAAAAUUUAACAGUCUUCUAGAGCUACAUUUUUAGAAUUUCUACGUCUUAGAAAUUUUGGUAUUUAUUAUAUGGAAUGUUUUGAAAUAAAUAACCAACUACUAUGUUAUUCCCGGUAAUAAAAUUUUUCAAGGCAUGUCCUGCUUGUAGCCGUUUGAGAUAUUUCAGUAUAAAACAUAUUGAAAAAGAAAACAAUGUUAAUGAAACUGCCGAGAAAUUGAACCGAUUGAUAACGGAAAUCAAAGAAAAAAUCUUAUAUAACAGCGUAAUUGAAUCUAGAUUGAAACAAGGAUAUGCAGCAAAUUAUACUUUUAUGAGAAAAAGAAAACAUUAUGAAGAAAAAAUGAAUAGGGCUUUACAAACUAUCCAACCACUUCCAUUGUGUUUAAAAUAUUACACUGAAAAUAAGAGUUUUGAAGAUAAUAACGAGAAAAAAGAAUCGGAAGAAGAAGGUUUCAGAGAGAAAUUCAAUUCUAAUUUUCCAUUUAUUUCAACUGAACAAGUAAAUGAGCCAGAAAUUAAAGAAAAAUUAGAAACUUCUAUUAAAAAGGAAGUUUUGGCUAGGAAACAAUUAUUAAAUGCUGACUACAAGAACUGGAUGACAAGCUAUGAUAAUUAUGAGUAUGAUUUGGUAGAAAGUCAAGAAAUUAAUGAAUCUGACCAGGACAUCAAUUAUGGCACUCCAGACCCAAGUUCCUCCAUAUCCAGAUACCCAUGUGGUGGUUGUGGGGCUCAUCUCCAUUGCAAAGAUACCGCAAUUCCAGGGUAUGUUCCAUCAGAAAUAUUCAAGAAUUGUUUUAAUCCACAUGGUGCAGAUGCCAAGUCAAUUUUGUGUCAGAGGUGUUAUUUUUUGAAAGUUUAUAAUAUUGCUUUGCAAGUCAGAGUUUCGGUAGAUGAUUAUCCUAAAAUUUUAUCGACAAUUUCUGCAAAUUCGUCUUUAAUCAUAUUGAUGGUUGACUUGACUGAUUUCCCCUGUUCUAUAUGGCCAGGAAUUGCCGAUAUUCUGGGAUUAAAAGUUCCAAUUGUAGUUGUUGGAAAUAAAGUUGAUUUACUUCCGGUGGAUAGUAGCAAAACUUUAAACAGAAUCAGACAGGUGCUGUAUGACAAUGUAAAGCUGUGUGGAUUUGCCAGUGCUAAUAUCAAAAGUGUUGAUUUAAUAUCAGCUAAAACUGGUUAUGGAGUUGACAAUCUUAUUACAUCAUUAUUGAGAGUAUACAGGUAUAAAGGAGAUGUUUAUUUAGUUGGAUGCACAAACGUGGGCAAAUCUAGUUUAUUUAACUCUCUUUUGCAGUCUGACUUUUGUAAAAUCCAAGCUGCCGAUCUUAUUCAACGAGCUACCACAAGUGUUUGGCCCGGAACAACUUUAAAUUUACUAAAAUUUCCCAUAAUGCGCAUAUCUGGUUUGCGUUCGCACUUAAGGCAUGAGAGAUUAGAGCAAAAGAAAGCUUUGGCUAAAAUGGAAAAGAAUUUGAAAAGAGAUGGUGAAGUGGAGAAGCCGAAUGUUUCAUUGAUGGAAAAAAUUGAAAGGUCAUUUACCAGGCCUGUCAAGGAUUAUUCCAUUGUCGAUGGCUUUUCUACGCAAGGCAAUGCAAAUGCUUCUGGAAAAGUUUCUCUGGGCAUUAAGGAAAAUCAUCCGGAUUAUGUAACCAGUAAAUGGUGCUUUGAUACCCCUGGUGUGGUUCAUCCCGACCAAAUUAUUCAUAUGUUAACAGUAGAAGAACUGUUACGAACUUUGCCCAAGGAUGCCAUUUAUCCUGAAACAUUUUGUGUAAAACCGGGAACUACAUUAUUCAUUGGUGGACUAGCCAGGUUAGAUUACGUACAAGGACCUAACUCUGUCAGGUUAACAGUGUUUAGAACAGAACAUUUACCAGUUACGAUAUGUAAAAUGGACAUGGCUGAAAACAUUUACAAUGAACUUUUAGGGACAGACCUAUUUGCUGUUCCUAUUAAUGAAGGAGAUCGGCUAUCAAAAUGGCCUGGUCUUUCGUUGGUCAAAACUUUUAGAAUCCAAGGGAAAAAUAUCAAAGAAUCGAGUUUUGAUGUGGUUUUGUCCAGUGCCGGCUGGGUGGCAAUCAACUGUGAUUUAAAAGAAUACGAAUUCGCAGCUUGGACCCCAGAAAAAAGGGGUGUAUACGUAAGAGAUUGUAUUUUACCAAAGGCAGUGACUUUACGAGGGGCAAGAAUACGGGAUAGUGUCGCCUAUAGAAAACAGAAUAAUACCUUAAAAAAUAACAAAUAAAUGACUGAAAUAACAUAAAA